CCCGCGCCGGGCUCCUGCGCAUGCGCGGCGCAGCCCGGGCCUGCCGGCGGGGCGCGCGACAGGGCGCGCGUGCGGCCGGCGGAGCGAGCGGCCCGGCCCGGCCCGGCCCCUCAGGGCGGCGAUGGCGGCGGCCGGCGGGGCCGGCUCGGGGCCGCCCCUGGAGACACCCGCUGCUGCCGCCGCUGCUGCUGCUGCCGCCACCGCCACCGCGGAGGCCGGCGCGGUGCUGCAGCGGGAGCCGCUGUACAACUGGCAGGCCACCAAGGGCUCGCUGCGGGAGCGCUUCGCGUUCCUCUUCUCCAACGAGCUCCUCAGCGACGUGCACUUCGUGGUGGGCAAGGGCAGCCCCCGCGGCGCGGCCGGGGGAGCGCUCCCCGGGCCCGGCCAGCAGCGCAUCCCCGCCCACCGCUUCGUCCUGGCGGCCGGCAGCGCCGUCUUCGACGCGAUGUUCAACGGCGGGAUGGCCACCACCUCGGCCGAGAUCGAGCUGCCCGACGUGGAGCCCGCCGCCUUCCUGGCGCUGCUCAGGUUUCUUUAUUCAGAUGAAGUUCAAAUUGGUCCAGAAACAGUCAUGACUACUUUAUACACUGCUAAAAAGUAUGCAGUCCCAGCCCUGGAAGCUCAUUGUGUGGAUUUUCUAACGAAGCACCUCCGAGCAGAUAAUGCCUUUAUGCUGCUUACUCAAGCCCGUUUGUUUGAUGAACCUCAGCUUGCUAGUCUUUGUCUUGACACAAUAGACAAAAGUACUAUGGAUGCAAUAAGUGCAGAAGGCUUUACAGAUAUUGAUAUAGACACACUAUGUGCAGUUCUAGAAAGAGAUACCCUUAGUAUUCGAGAGAGCAGACUCUUUGGAGCUGUUGUUCGCUGGGCAGAAGCAGAAUGUCAAAGACAACAACUGCCUGUGACAUUUGGAAACAAACAAAAAGUCCUUGGAAGAGCUCUUUCCUUAAUCCGUUUUCCAUUAAUGACUAUUGAAGAGUUUGCAGCAGGCCCUGCUCAGUCUGGAAUCUUGUCAGAUCGGGAAGUAGUAAAUCUCUUUCUGCAUUUUACUGUCAAUCCUAAACCUAAAGUAGAUUAUAUUGAUCGACCAAGGUGUUGCCUUAGAGGAAAAGAGUGCAGCAUUAACAGGUUCCAGCAAGUGGAGAGUCGCUGGGGCUACAGUGGAACAAGUGAUCGGAUUAGGUUCACAGUUAAUAGAAGAAUUUCUAUAGUGGGAUUUGGAUUAUAUGGAUCUAUUCAUGGACCCACAGACUAUCAAGUUAAUAUACAGAUAAUUGAUUAUGAGAAGAAUCAAACACUAGGACAAAAUGAUACUGGAUUUAGUUGUGAUGGAACGGCCAGUACGUUCAGAGUUAUGUUCAAGGAACCUAUAGAGAUCUUGCCAACAGUUUGCUACACAGCUUGUGCAACACUGAAAGGUCCUGAUUCCCAUUAUGGAACAAAAGGGUUGAAGAAAGUGAUCCACGAAUCUCCUACUGCUAGCAAAACAUGCUUUGUCUUUUAUAGUUCACCAGGUAACAACAAUGGUACAUCAAUAGAAGAUGGACAGAUACCAGAAAUAAUAUUUUAUACAUAAUUUCACAUUAUCAUCUCAAAUGUGUCAGUGUAUCUGUGGACUUCAGCUCACUAUUGGUGGCAGUUAAAAAUUCUGUGAAAGAAGUACAGGAACAUGUGGAAAACAAAAGUUACUUGUUUGAGCGGUACCAGACAAGCUCUUUUCUCUGCAUAUUUAUUGGCAGAAUGUAAUUUAGCUUUUCCUCUUCAAGUGGAGUAAGUGCUCUGUAUAUUGAAAAGAUUGUUUUAAAUAGUAUCUUGUCAAAAUUGCUUUGAAUUUUUGCCUCUUCAUUUUUCAUGUAGUAAAAUUCAUUUUUCAAACUGGAAGAACUGUCAUGAACUUCUCCUGUCCUGGAGUGACAGUAAAGCUGCUGUUGUGGUCCCAGCCUAUGCCUGUUUCCAAAACGACCUUGGAAUGACUAUGGACACGAAUUGCUACUGUACGUUUUUGCAGUGCAUCAGCAAAGCUGGAUUCCUUCUGCUGUCACCUUGGCUUUUGGGACGUGCCAGGGAGAAGGCAGGCAGCAGCUGCACUGAAGAAACACUAAGUCAAAUUCAGCAAUAAACAGAUCUUUGCAGAAUCUCA